AUGGCAACAAUGGCAAUAUUGUUUCCUAAUAAAAGGGUUGUUGGGUUUAUUCUCAGUUUUUAUGUGUUUGUUUUCUGUUUCCUCCCCACAGUAUUUUGUGCUGGACAUCUCCAAAAGCUUCAUCUACCUGAUCCUGGUCCCGACUGCUUUGCAUUCGAUUCAGCAGGUCAAGGACCUUAUACCGGCGUUGCUGAUGGGAGAAUUUUCAAAUAUAAAGGACCCAAAGUUGGUUUUGUGGAGUAUGGAUACUCAAAAGCAGAUAGGUCUGCGCGAUUUUGUGAUGGCACUAAUUCAACCGCCUUGGCAAAAGCCUGUGGAAGGCCAUCAGGGUUGGGGUUUUACUACAAGACUGGUGAGCUUUACGUAGCAGAUGAUGGUGUAGGCCUUGUUGUGAUUGGACCUAAAGGAGGCGCUGGAAAAGUACUUGCCUCCGGUGCAGAGAAAGUGCCAUUUGGCUUGCCUGAUGGACUAGAUGUUGAUCAGAAUACUGGCAUCGUAUACUUCACAGAUGCAACUGCCCGCUACACUAUCAAUGAAAUCCCGCAAAUAAUUGCUAGCGGAGACUCAACAGGAAGGCUAUUAAAAUACAAUCCAAGAACAAAAAAAGUUACUGUAUUGCUGAGAAGACUAGCAGGGCCAGCUGGGGUGGCAAUUAGCAAGGAUCGCUCAUAUCUUCUUGUCACAGAAAAUCUGAAAUCAAGAGUUUGGAAGUAUUGGUUAAAGGGUCCGAAAGCAAAUACAGCACAUGUUUUGCUAAAUGUGUCAGGAUCGCCAGCUAAGAUCGUUAGGAACAAUGUGGGAGAUUUUUGGUUAGCAAUGACGGUAAAAAGGCAAGUUCCAACCCCAAGAAUUAAACUUCAAGGACUAAGGAUCAAUGGAUAUGGCAAGAUAUUGGAAACAAUAACCUUCAACCCUGGUUUUGACUCGUCAAUGAUUACAGAAGUUCAUGAGCACAAGGGGGCACUAUAUUUAGGUUCUCUAUAUGUUGGCUACGUGGGAGUAUACAGGAAAUUCUAG